AUGCAAAAUUAAAUAGAGUUUGGAUAUUGGAAUAUUAGAGGAAUCGCAUAACCACUGAGAUAUCUCUUGGAAUAUGUCGAAAUCCCAUACACCGAUAAGGUUUACAACAUUGCUGAAUCAGAAUGGUCAGAAUCCGUUGCCAAACCUCCUUUGAAUCAAGAGGUCCUUGUCAAUCUUCCUUACGUCAAAGAUGGCGAUAAGUGGGUCUUUGAAAGCCAAGCGCUUUAUAUCUAUAUCGCCUAUAAGGCAAAUAGGCCCGAUUUAUUAGGAACUGGAAAGGAAGAGCAGGUCGUUGUAGAAUAAGUCAAAGGAGUUUUGAUCGAUCUAUAUAGAGGAUUUCGCUCGUUAAUUGCUAUCCCAGAAGCAGAUUAUCAAGCAAAGAAGGAUGAAUACUUCAACACCUAAGUUUUGUGGAUAAUUGAAAAACUCAACAAAUUCAUUUAAGGAAGGACCUGGUCAGCAGGAGACAACUUGACCUAUGUGGAUUUCUUUUAGUUUGAAGUCGAAGAGACAUUGGAGGCUUAUAAACCCGGACUUUUGGAUCAAUUUCAAAAUCUGAGAAAACAUCGCGAUGCCCUAGCUGAAAUACCAUAAAUCAAGAAAUACCUUGCCUCAGAUAGAUUUAUUGCUAAGCCGUUUUAUCCAAUUGGAAGAUGGAGAUGGUGGUGA